GCAGGCUGAAACUAUUCGGGAUUAUUAGAAUUUCUGAAAGAAAUCCCUAUUUUUGGUUGUUCCGCGAGUUGCAGCUGCUGUCGCUGCAUCACUGGGAAGAUUUCAACAGUUUCGCGUACGUUAAAUGUUGCUGGCACAAGCGUUAAAGUAUAUAAAAUCAAUACCCCCGAAAUAACAACAAAAAGGCGUCUCGUUAGAAGCGCGUAAAUUCCGUCAGUUUUUCAAGAGCUUCAGUGAUAAGAAAAUGUGCGAAUCGGUAAGCGCAGGCGCGCUCUUCCCCGACCCGACAAAUUUUCCGACUUUUCCUGCAAUGCGAGCGGCGACAAUCCAAUGGCCACAGUUUACGUUCGGAAGUCGAUGAAAGCUGUGUGCUGGCCGUGGCCAACGGAAUUUUAACCGUUGCAUGUGCGUUACGCGAGUGUGUGUGAGUGUGUGCCAUGCGCGCGUCUGUGUGCCAUCCGUGUAGUAGAGGAGCAGCGAACGAAAAAACGGAACGUCUGCUUUAACAAUUGCAAAAAGUAAACCUACACACACGCACACACAUCACAGAGAGCGGAGCUUAAGCUGCAUCCGGGAAUCGGUUGAAAAAAAACUAUAAUUAGAUUGGCGUCCAGCAUUGCAGUGGAUACCUGGAAGAACAGGGACACCACCCGCAGCAGCAGAGUAGCAGCAGCAGCACAGGCAACAUGUGUGUGGCUUGAAUCCGUGCAGAAGACAACAACAACUACAUACAGGCAGAGAACAAGCGUAGAACAACAACCGGAGGACAACCAACCACUAGUGGGACAUUGGAUUUAGCUGGGGACAUAAAAUGCAUUUACAUUUCGAGCGGAACAUCAACACAAAAUGCGACUGCACGAUACUCUCGCUAUCAUGGAUGGGAAAGGUGCCAGAUGAUAUACCCGAGGAUGAGGGCUGGAAGUUGAAUCGCACCAACUACUACCAGGAAGGAUGGCUGGCCACGGGCAAUGUGCGCGGCAUUGUGGGCGUAACAUUUACCACCUCCCAUUGCCGCAAAAACAUGGACUAUCCGCUGCGGACCAACUACAAUCUGCGCGGCCAUCGAUCGGAUGUCAUUCUGGUCAAGUGGAAUGAACCGUACCAGAAGUUGGCCUCCUGCGACAGCUCAGGCAUCAUCUUUGUGUGGAUCAAGUACGAGGGCCGCUGGUCCAUUGAGCUGAUCAACGAUCGGAACACCCCAGUCACACAUUUCUCUUGGUCGCACGAUGGACGAAUGGCCCUCAUUUGCUACCAGGAUGGCUUCGUGCUGGUGGGCUCGGUGGCUGGACAGCGCUACUGGUCAUCCAUGCUGAACCUCGAGUCAACCAUUACCUGCGGCAUUUGGACGCCCGACGAUCAGCAGGUGUAUUUCGGCACAACCCAGGGCCAAGUGAUUGUAAUGGAUGUGCAUGGAGCGAUGGUGUCACAGGUGCAGCUCUCCAACGAUGUGCCCAUCACCUCGAUGGCCUGGUCCUGCGAGAAGUUCAAAAUGGAAGAGGGCGAAGAAGCGGAGCCCGGCGUUACCAAUGCGGCCAAACGUUCGUUUGUGCUGGCUGUUAGCUUUCAGAAUGGAUAUAUUUAUCUGUUGAAGUCGUUUGACGACGUCUCACCCGCACAUAUCAACACUUGCCUCAACGGCACCCUCGGCAUGGUCAUGGAGUGGAGCAAUUCCCGCGAGCUGCUCGCCGUGGCAGGUACCCUGCGCACCGGCAUGGAUGGUCAUCAUGGCCUGAAGCCAUCGGAGGAGCUUACCACACCCACCAGCUACACGAAUCUGGUCAAGUUCUAUACGGAAACGGGAACGUGUCUGUAUCAGGCGCAUAUACCCUGCAGCAGUGCCCCGGUGUCGGCCAUUACGUGGGGUCACAACGACAAGCGUCUGUUUAUUGCCACCGGAACGCAGGUGCACAUUGCCUGGGUGUCGCGCCGGGUGGCAUCGCUGCAGUUGCUCUGCCGGCUGGAGAUACAGGCGAGUGUCGGCUCCGAGACGCUGCUGCCACUGCUGCCGCUGCCUUCUAGGAUUAAGUCUCUCAUUGGCAAUCUGUUUGCUCAAACGAUACGAUGCUGUGUACCUGAUCUGAAGUCGCUGCGUGACUUUGUGUCGCGACCACCGCUCUGCUCUACGCGGCUGCACUGCACCAUGAUUCGGCAUGACGAUGACUCAAAUCUGAGCUCGGGCACCUGCUAUACGCUCUACCUGGAGUAUUUGGGGGGCUUGGUGCCGCUGCUCAAGGGUAAACGCACCUCAAAGAUACGCCCGGAGUUUGUGAUUUUCGAUCCACAAGUGAAUGAUGCUCCUUUGUACUUUCAAUAUUCCGCGGAGGCCAAGAGCUCCUCGAGCUCCGGUCAGUCCACCACAACGGGCAACAGCGGACGCACCGACUCCUCGGACAGUGACUAUGAAGAGCGCUCCUCUCGCUUUGGUUCGCCUAGGACGCCGCGCAAGAAACGAGUGCGUCCCAAGCGACGAAACCAGGCGGGCGAGCGUGUGGGCGCAGCAGGAGGAACAGCCGGAGCUGGAGGCAAUGAUCCCGACAGCCUGGAUGAGCUGGCCUACGUCGAUACACUGCCAGAGCAGGAAGUCAAGCUGGUGGAGGUGACCUCCAACAUUUGGGGAACGAAAUUCAAGAUCCAUGGCCUUGCCAAAACCGUCCCAGCCAAUUUAGGCCAAGUUACAUAUAAGACGUCCCUACUGCAUUUGCAGCCGCGUCAAAUGACGCUGGUGAUCACCGAGCUGCGCGACGAUUUUCCACCUGGUCCCGACCCCAGCUUUAAUCCCAACAUCUUCUCCGAGGACGAAGACGAGCAGCAGCAGCAUCAACAGCAGCAACUGCAGCACCACCACGACGCAGUGCCCCAGGUGAAUGUAACCACGCCCCAGGAUGUGGCCAACCUGAAGCCGCCGAUGAUGCCACAGCGACGAUUGUUGGACGGAGCCUCCGCCCCACUGAUUGCACCCAUGUCGCCACGUCCCAAUCGAAUACUGGCGCGGCACAAGAACUCCCUGACCGUGAACGGUGGAGGAUCAGGCGGGGAACGAGGCUCAAAUGCAGGCAUCAGUCCAUUGGCGCGUGCCGAGAGCUACGAUGAUGAUUCCUCCAAUGACUCACAGGAAGCGGGUUCAGCCGCUGCCGCCGCAGCUGCAUGCCAGUCCACCACUGUGCUGCUGCACCAGGCACCCUCCUCCAAUGGCUGCAGUAGUUCGUCCGGCCCCAGCAGCAGCAACGGCAGCGGCAAGAACCUCACACGUCCAAAGACCAUUAGCAGCUUCAAGAACAGCUACAGCCGCUCCAGCUCCAACUCGAGCUGCCAGUCGCGGCACGCCAUCUCGCCGCUCUACUGCGAUGGCGCUGUGCCCACGCUGCAAUCACCCAAGAAUGCGGUGGCUCCGUCGGACAUUAUUUUCGAGAGGCCCGCAGUGCCGGCCGCGGGUCAGACCACACUGAUGUCCUACUCCAGCAAUGCGGACUAUGCCAACAAUGUGGUCCAGGUGAAGAAUGCUCUGAUGUCGGAGCCCGUGCGCUCAGCAAACAGCCACGUAAACCCUGUGCCCCUUAAUCUGAAUCUGAAUUUGGAGCGCAUGGAUGCGAGGCAGGUCAAGUGCAUGGCGCCAGCUGCAUCCACAUCGAAGCGACGUGAUAUGCUGUACAUCGACGAGGAAACCCAGUCCCCCACACCCACCACGAGCAGCAGCAGCAUGAAGAGGACACCGACGGUGGUCUCCAUAGCGCCCGCUCUGCCCGACUCCAUCACGCGCAGCUGCAGCGUCGGAUAUUUGGACUCUGUGGCCAUCACGCCCUCCGAUGAGGCGUUGUCCGCCUUGCGCAAGGAGGCGCCCAAUAAACGUCUGGUGCUGGUGGACAAGCGUAGGAAUCGCCGAAAGCGACAGCAGCAGGAGGAUGCGCGACGCCACAAACUCCAGCAAACGGGCAAAUCCAAGAGCUUGGACUCGUGUGAUCUGCUGUCGUUGCAAACGAAAUUGUCAAGCAAGGAGCACGAGUUGGUGGUGAAGAAACUGCAGGAGAUCUCCGACAGCAGUGCCUGCAGCAGUGCAGCCAACACGCUCUGCUUCAAGUGCCGCAACAACAUGAACCCCAGCAGUGCCUGCAAACGGUGCCAGCCCACAUCCAACUCUGUGCUCGACGAGAUCACGGCUGUGGUCAGCGUGGAGCCCGACAAGGAGGCACCACCUGCCGCCGUCACACAGCCAAAGCCCGCGACCAAGAAACGCUUCGAUGUCAUUACCAGUUUUACGGACUCUCCGCUCUUCACGCGAAAGCAUCGCUUUGGCUACGGGCGCAGUAAGGAUGGUGCUGGCACUGAGAACUCCACCCCGGUGCUGGGACGCAAGCAGGAUAACACUUUCAGUUUUGUCAAGCAGCUGUCCGAGGUGCGCUGGCGUCGCAAGGAGCCACCACCGCAGGGACAGGUGAAUGGAAACAGCAAUGCCAGCACCUUGGAGAGGCAGCAGCAGCAGCCCGAAGCAACUGGAGCCGCCGCCUGUGGUGCUGUCGAGGCCACGCCCGUGGAAGCCAAGGCGUCUGUGUCGCUACACACACAGGCUCUUACAACAUUGGAGAACAUCAUCAGCCGUUUGCGGGAUCUGGAUGAGGGUCGUCUGACGCCUCCGUCAACGCCGCAGCGUCUGCCACGAAGCUCACCUGCCUCGCCGGCAGCCAGCAAGAAGAACAAGCGCCAGCAGAGUAGCUCCCCAAUACGCCACAUUCUCAACUCGCCGCUGCUGAAUCGACGGCAGCGCAAGAAGCCGAGCAUCAUCGAGAGCUCGGACGAUGAGGGAAACCAGACUAAUGGCUCUGGCACAGAGGAGAGCAACAAUGGUGGCGGCAAUGGCAAGCAGUAUCGCGAUCUGGAGACAUUCCAAAAAGCACAGCUGCGUCAGAAGUCCUUUCAUCCACAGCUGAAGCGUGGCAAGAUCGAGCCGAAUGGCAGUGCCAGUUGUGCGAAUCCGGCGCCAGUGCGUCGGGAAUUUGUGAUGCACAACAAGGCGCCCAUGUGGAACGAGAUGAGUCAAGUCUAUCAGCUGGACUUCGGUGGUCGCGUUACUCAGGAGUCGGCCAAGAAUUUCCAAAUUGAAUUUCGUGGCAAACAGGUCAUGCAAUUUGGUCGUAUUGAUGGAAAUGCUUAUACCCUGGAUUUCCAGUAUCCCUUUUCCGCCCUACAAGCCUUUGCCGUGGCACUGGCUAAUGUAACACAGCGACUAAAGUAAUUUCCGUGGUCUACUAGUGAAAUGUGUGUAUGUGUACAUCGUCGCAACGUAUCGUAUCCGUAAACGUAACCGUAUCCGUAUCCUUAUUGUGCAUUGCAUUGCGCUCUACAGAAUGUCGCCAGCUGAUUGCAGCAGUUGCUUUUUUGGCCUAUGCUAUACAUAUAUUUUUAUACCAAAUGGCAGACGACAGACGAUGACCGGACGACCGACCGAACUAUUAGCGAAAAUUGCUUUCUGAUUUUGUAUAUAAUGUAUUUAUAUGAUUGUGUGUGGGGUAUUUAGGUUUCUGAAAUGAUGCCGUGUAUUUUAGUGACAGUAAUGAACAACACGUACCACCACCACCACCACUUGAUUGAAGGUUUUGCCAAAUGCAAAAACAUAAAACAUAAAGCAUAUGUAUACAUAAUGGGUGUGCAAACUCCACAGUCCGAUCCAUUUUUGUGCAAUAUUUGUAUGACAAAUUUUUUGGAUUAAGCGUAGCCGGGAGCAGGUGUAAAUGUUUAGCCAUAAACAAUGUAAUAUUUUUAAAAUCUAACAAGAACAAGAGUCGUUUUUUAACACUAGUUUGUAUGUACAAGAGCAGCCUUUUUUGCAUAGAGCUUCGUUUCUUGCUUUACUCGAUUUAAGUGCAAUAACAAUUCCUUUCGUUAACACUCUCCUCCUCUUAGACAUAAGAAAUAUUUGAACUUGAAAACAAACCAAAAACGAUUACUUAGCAUAUUUUUUAUAUGUGUAAACACAAAUUGUGAAGUGGAAUGUUGGAAUGGAAGUGAAAUGGAAAUCUCUGUGCUUUUUCCUCUUACUCUUUUUGGUAGUUAGGCUUAAAUUCAAUGAAAAAUUCGUUAUUGUAAUUGUUGUGAAUAUUGGAAAUAAGCACUUGGGGGCAGUCAGUCGUAAACUGAUUUAGGCGAUCAACUACAUACAUUACAUACAAAAACAUCAUUUAAUAAAUGUAUUUUACGUGAAUAAAGGCUUUCGUUUUAUAUAAAUAA